GGAAGAUCUCCUCCUGCUUCAGUGUAUCUAGUGAAUGCAAACACAACAGCGUGCGUCCUGGGAAUUACGACGUUCUAGGAGUGAAAUAGUGAUUAUUUUCAGACUGUUCCCUCUUCGUUGAUAUUCUUGCUGGAAUUUUGGAUUAUUUCCUUCGGAAAUAUCAAGCGGAAUUAAUUUGUGAGAAGGUCCUCAGUCAGUUGGAAGGAAGAAUUCAGCCCAUACCACCUCAUCUCGGAACCAUUUGGAAUCUUGUCCUGUGCUCGGAUUUAGAUUUUUACUCAAUCUCCUGGUUUGGAUGUUCACUCUGUACCGAUUUGGCUCAUCGAAUCCCACUGCCGUUGUUGGAUGAUUCAGAAGCUGAGGACUUUGCUGAGGACCACUGCGGGGGUCCACCCCCACCUUCCACCUCCAUCUCUUCUUUCUGAACCAUUGUUUCAUCCACUUCCUGUGAACUUCGACGAUAGUGACUGAUUGCAUGCUGCAUCUGCCAGUCUCAGCAGGUUCAAGACUACAGUGCUCAUUGGAUCGGAGCCCCACACCAUGACUUGCUGAAGCCCUUUUUGCUGCUACCCACCCCCCUUCUCCUCAUUCAAGAUGGUCCUUCCGGAACGGAUGAGGUGGCGUCUCCUGCUGGCAGCCCUCACACUCACUUCCUGUCUACUGUCCGCCAUGGCCACGCCCUUUCCCAAGGACCUGGAGCCAAUCAACGUUGUCGGAUGGGAGCACUCCUACCUAUACCCAGGGUUCCAGGGGCUGGUGUCGGACAACGACACAACCAGACUAGGCCUGGACUUCCAGAGGAUGCUGAGGAUCAACCACAUACUCUACAUCGCUGCCAGGGACCAUGUUUUUGCAGUAAACCUGACCACAGCUGGUGACGACUUCGUCCCCCAGCUGAAGCUGACAUGGAGGUCCAAGGAUGUGGCCAAGUGUACCGUGAGGGGUAAAAACAGUGAUGAAUGCUACAACUACGUCAAAGUGCUGGUACCGCGGAACGAUGAGACCCUGUUUGCUUGCGGCACCAAUGCCUUCAACCCCACCUGCCGCAACUACAAGAUGACCACCCUGGAGCAGGUUGGUGAAGAGGUGGUGGGUCAGGCGCGCUGUCCCUUUGAGUCGGGCCAAUCCAACCUCGGCCUCUUUGCUGGUGGUGAUUUCUACUCUGCCACCAUGACCGACUUCCUGGCCAGCGACGCUGUCAUCUACCGUAGUCUUGGCGACGACAGCCCCGUCCUGCGGACCGUCAAGUACGACUCCAAGUGGCUCCGAGAGCCCCAUUUCCACCAUGCGAUCGAGUAUGGGAAUUAUGUCUACUUCUUCCUCAGUGAGAUUGCAGUGGAGUACACCACCCUGGGCAAGGUGGUGUUCUCUCGCGUGGCGCGGGUGUGUAAGAACGACAAUGGCGGCUCUCCUCGGGUGCUGGAGCGCUACUGGACCUCCUUCCUGAAGGCGCGGCUUAACUGCUCGGUGCCCGGCGACUCCUUCUUCUACUUCGAUGUGCUGCAGUCGCUCACCAACGUGCUGCAGAUCAACCAGCGCCCCGCGGUGGUGGGAGUGUUCACUACGCAAGCUAAUAGUAUCCCUGGCUCAGCAGUGUGUGCCUUCUACAUGGACGACAUAGAGAAGGCCUUCAAUGGGAAGUUUAAGGAGCAGAAGACCAGUGAUUCAGCAUGGACCCCAGUACCAGAGGAACAGGUGCCCAAGCCCAGGCCUGGUUCCUGUGCCGGUGAUGGCCCGGCCUCGGCCUACAAGUCAUCCAUCAACUUCCCCGACGACACGCUGACCUUCAUCAAGUCUUACCCUCUGAUGGACGAGGCGGUGCCCUCCGUCAACGACCGGCCCUGCUUCACCCGCACCACCAGCAGGUACAAGCUGACUCAGAUUGCGGUAGAUACCUCUGCAGGGCCGUCUAAGGACCGCACUGUGGUCUUUCUGGGCUCGGAGGAUGGCAGGGUCCUGAAGGUGUUGUCCAGCACUCAUCCUAACGCCUCCUUUGGCUCCCAACUCUUGGAGGACAUAGAUGUCUAUAACCCCUCUAAGUGUAACGUUCAGGGGCAGGAGAACCGGAGGAUUCUGGGAAUGGAGCUGGAUAAGGACCAUCACGCCUUGUUCGUGGCCUUCACCAGCUGUGUCAUCAGAGUGCCGCUCAGCCACUGCACCGAGCACGGCGCCUGUAAAAAGAGUUGUCUGUCCUCCCGCGACCCAUACUGCAUCUGGCUCCGGACCGGGAGCUGUGCCAACAUGGCGCCAGGGUUCAAGGCUGGCUUUGACCAGGACAUCGAGGGAGACCACUCACUGUACCCUGAAAACUGCAAUGCAGAUGUGCUGGCGACCACGCGAAACCAGAACUCCGCGGCAGACUCGGCCUACGGUGUCCGAAGGCUCCCUGACAUGGAGAAGUCCAGCCCCAGCGUCCACUAUACCCUCCUGAUCGCCUGCGUCCUGGUGGCCUUCUUCCUCGGCGCCAUCCUCUCCGGCUUCCUGGUGUCAUGCUACUGCAGUCACAACGCCCGCCACGCCCGCCGGCUUGGCAAGGACCCUGAGGCGUCCAUCCACCCCGCCCUCUCGUUGCGCAGCCUGGCCAAGCUAAACGGCCUGCUGGACAGCCAGCCCAAAGAGGAGAAGCUGGACGUGUCCACACCCAAGAUGUACAGCUCCUUCAUUCCCAGUGGGAAGGAGCACACUCCGGGCAGGCACGGGUUGUCCCUGGGAGACCCGGACCUUAACCUCUCCCAAGGGGAGAAUCUCUCGGGCCUGCCCACCCCGGACUCCACCCCGGAGCUGCCCAUCAAGAACAUGAAGGCCUUCCGGAACCAGUGGGAGAGGAACCAAAACUGCAACAACGCCAAGGAGUCCAAGGCACCCCCCGGCACUGGCUUCAGCCUGGGUUCGUCAAGGUCCGUCACCCAGCAGGUGUUCCCCUUCUCUCACAGCCUGACCAACGGCCAAGCCCUGGGGCACCUGCCCGAGGAGAGGAAGAUCCCCAACGACGAGCGUGCGCAGGGGGCAUCGGCCUCCCACUCCUCCUCCUGCUGCCCGCAGACGGUGGUGGACGUGGCGGCCCUGGACGAGCUCCUCAAGCACAUCCACGAGGUCAGUGCCUCUGGCAGCCGCAGCAUCACUGUGCUGACCUCACCGUGUGCCCCCCUACCGGGUAGCUCCAGUUCCAGCCAUAACCACAGCAGCUUCAGAUCACAGCCCCAGAUCCCCGAGACAGAGUCAGCCACGUACUACAGCUCCUCCACCCUGCCUAGGGACAGUCUGACCCGCCGCCUGGACGUGCCCCCGGACACCGCCGCCGCCGCCUCCUCCUCGGCCGGCGCCACCCCGCUGCAACAGCAGUCCAUCCCCGAGCGGAGCGCAGUGACUCGCCACCACUCCCAGAGGCACUUAAUGAUCAAGAUGGGCAACGGAGGGGCCGUCCCACGCCAACACAGCUUCAGACAGGGCGUGGGUGGGCCGCCACCCCACCAGCUGCUCACCCGGAUGAACUCGGGAGGUGGUGGCGGGGGAGUGGUCGGCUGUGAGGCCCACCAGCCGCUCAUCCCCAGUGCCUGCCUGACACGGCAGCACAGCUACAGCGAACCGCCCCACCUCCACCGCGCCGCCAUCGUACGCCGCACGGCCUCCCUCAAGCCCCAGGUGCCCCCCAAACCCCUCUUCCUGCCCGCCACUUCACCCGUAAACGAGCAAGGAAAGUACAACUACUGAGCGCUAAGAAGUCGAACCGAGAGGCUCCGAAAAGACAGACGAUGUAACCGCGCUCCUCUCAGAGUUAGGAAAACUACCGGGACUGGCACACCUUUUGGCGAGAUGUCCGACAAUAGCCUCGACACCUGAUGAAUGUCUAUGUACCAUAUUGGUAUUAUUCCAGUGCUAUUUGAUCACAGAACUGUGAUGGAUUCACAGGAUAUAGAAAUGUGGUGGUAUUAUAUUGAGUUGUGGAGAGGGGGGGGGGGAUCUGUACCCUUCGGUGAGGCCAAAGAAUAAAGUAACAGGAGCCCAGAACUCAAUGUAAAGGACAAGAUCACAAGUCGGCCACCGAAGCUUUGGACAAUGCCUGCUUUAGCUUGGACCCAAGCCCUCAACCUAAGAAAGCACCUCAUGACACGAACAAACAUCCUGCCUGUAAUAUAUGUAUACUGUAUGUGUGUGUGUAUACAGGUAUAUGCACUGCACAUGUGAAGAUACACACAGGGCAUAACCAUGAAGCAGCUUCAUGAACUGUGGUGAGACUCAACUCAUAGCCAUUUCUUAACCCUCUUAUGACAGAGAGGCCAUGGAGGCCCCACUCAGUACACAUUCGGUAUACAUCCCUCGACGCAAGGGAUUUAGCAAUAACUUACCGUUGUGCAGCUAAGUAUCAACUGGACCCCUUGAGGUAAGGGUAGGUACUGUACUUCAUGCAGCAUACCAUAUGAAAUGACUACUUUGAUAAUGAUUAAUUCUGUAUUAAUGGAAUGAUGCUGCAGAACGAGACAUGGCGUCAAUAUAGACCUAUACAUCACAGAGUUACUAUUUUGUUUGUCACUGGUGGAAGGGGGCUCCGCUGCACCGUGACAGGAGGCCGCUUCGGGGCUUGAUGAGUUAGGAGCAUCCUUGACCUGGUAGUCUAUGAUAACGCCAGAGGAAUUUAACAAGCCCCCAAUAUGACUGUCAUUGAAGAAUAGUAUAGGGGUGCAGUGCAGUGCAACCUCAAAAAUAUUUUGUUUCAUCCUUAACACUUGGUGAGAAUUGGUUCCACAUUGAGGUGCAAUCAUUCAGGCUAUUCAAGUGUCUUAAAGCAGGGCCCCGAGAAAUCACUCACGGGCACAUAGUGCCCUCUUAUGGACAAGCCCUUAAUAACUGUAAUAAAGUCAGUAAUUAUGUUUACCAUAUUGCUAUUAACAUUGUGGUUAUUGGUGUAAAUAAAGGCAACUGUGAAAUAAUA